AGCCGGGAGCGAGGGGCGGGCGGCAGGCGGCGCUGCGCACGCGGCCUACCCACGGCCUCUUCCCGCCCGGCGGCGCCGAAAUCAAACCCCGCCAUGUCCAAGAAAAAAGGUCUGAGCUUUGAGGAGAAGAGAGCUCGCAUGAUGGAGAUCUUUUUUGAAACAAAAGAUGUGUUCCAGUUGAAGGAUAUAGAGAAGAUUGCUCCAAAAGAAAAAGGGAUUACCUCGAUGUCAGUGAAGGAGAUUCUGCAAAGCCUAGUUGACGAUGGCAUGGUGGACACUGAUAGAAUUGGAACUUCCAAUUAUUUCUGGGCUUUUCCAAGUAAAGCUCUUCAUGCCAGGAAGCGUAAAUUAGAGGAGUUGGAGUCUCAGUUUGCUGAAAGCAGUCAGAAAAAAGAAGCUUUACAAAAAAGCAUUCAGAAAUCAAAAAUUGGACGUGAAGAUACUGCAGAACGUGCAGCUCUAAUGGAGGAACUUGCUGCCCUUCGGCAGAAAAAAGAGCAGCUAAAGGCAGAAAUAGACAAAUACAGGGAAUGUGAUCCAGACGUUGUUGAAGAAAUGCGAUUACCCUCUCACUUAUUUGCUGGAAGAGCGAGGUGCUGGGGAAGGGUAUUCGGUGAGAAAACUGAUGGCUGCAGCCACACGAGUUGUCUGCAAAGAGGAGAACAUCUGUGACCCAUUAACAUCGGAUCUGGGCUGCGCAGCCAGCUUGGAAUCGUGGUUUGGGCAAAUUUGCCAUUUGCUUCUCCAGGAGUUUGGCAUUGCUGUUCUCUAAUAUGUUAUCAGCAUGUUUAUUUUUGUUAUAGUAACACUGCAGGACUUAAAGAGCUACAACAAUAUUUUACUGUGUUUUAGUCAGCCUCUAACAGUAGUGUUUCCAAUUUGGGUGUAUUUUGAAAUGGUUUUUACUUCCAUGCUGUGUUUUUCAAUGUUAUCAGAGCAUCUUCCUCCCUCAAGAACAACUGCACACAUGUGGAACUACAGCAUCCUUGACAACCAAGCUUUCUUCUGACAUAUUGUGGUACUAAACUGAUUCUGGUUGCUUUCUACUUCGACCAGGCUUUAACCCUUUGGGCUAAAAUUUCCUACCUGACUCCAACUAGUUUAUUUUCAUUAUUUUCAGCUGCAGUGAAAAAGGGCUCCACCAGACCGAGGAGUGAGGUUAAAUAAGACUACAUUUUACCCCCAUUAAAACCUUCCAUAGCUAUUGAAGUUGAAAAUCAAGCCACAUGGUAACUCUGCCCUGGCUCAUGCCAUCUCCUUUUCCAGUCCAUUGAGCUUUGCCAGCAGCUGUGCCCCGAUGAAAUACUGUGGUCUUAUGAAUGAGAUGCAGCCUGUGAGACAUGACAUGACUCUCCAAGUGCUGCCAAGGUGUGCCCAGCUUCUACUGGACAGCAUUUGUCAUGCUGUGAAAUCCUAUUUCACUGUUUUAUUUCUAAACCCAUU